AUGUCAAAUAUGUGUAUAGAAUCUACACAUGAAAAGCGGACUUCUCCUCCCAUGUGCCCUGGAACUCAUCCUUCACCCCAAAAUAGUGUCGAUUCCACUGUCCCCGACUGCGACAUCGUUCAAAACCUUGACGGGAUCUCCGAACAAAAAGACGUAGAAGUUGGGUUAUAUCUUCCAUCUCUCAGUCCGACUUUUGUCGACAUAACAGAACUCUCAACUGCGGGCACCGAGUCUGAGAAAACCCUCACUGAAGCUUCCGAGUACACCUUGCAGAAUUCCAGUGCCACUGGAUCCGUCGAAAACGCUCAUUAUGCGUCCAUCUACGACCUCCCUCCAUUAGAUUCUAUAACGACGACAGGGAAGCUUUCAAAAAUUCAAAAACGCAAUGGCAUGUUACAGUUUGCAUCAUUGUGCUAUUGUAUCUGGUUAGCAGGCUGGAACGAUGGCACGACGGGGCCGCUCCUCCCCAGGCUGCAGGAGCAUUACAAUGUAGGAUUUUCGGUUGUGUCCAUGAUAUUUGUUGGAGGCUGUUUCGGAUUCAUAACUGGAGCUGCGCUGAACAUUUGGCUUAACGACCGUCUGGGUCUCGGAAAGAUACUUGUUCUGGGCUCAUGUUGUCAACUUCUUGGCUACGCUAUCAUCGCUCCUGCCCCUCCGUUUCCUCUCUUAAUAUGCGCCUAUUUCAUUGUUGGCUUUGGUAUGUCUUUUCAGAACGCUCAAGCUAAUGGAUUUGUCGGAAGCUUGGAUAAGAACAUGACAACCAAACUCGGAGUGAUGCAUGGCUCCUAUGGACUGGGGGCGCUUACUUCACCAUUUGCUUCUACGUAUUUUUCAAGAUUCCCAGAUCACAGAUGGGCUUACCAGUUCAUUUUCUCCGCGGUAUUUGCUACGAUAAACGUUAUUGCUGUGAUCCUUGUUUUCAGGUUUCGGAGACAGGAAGAGGUACUUUUAGACGCUGGCCAAAAGUCUCCCACAAAUUCCGAGUGCAAUCCACAGCGACAUGGAAAUACGUACAGGCAGAUUUUUACCUUGAAAUGUGUUCCCCUUCUUGCUGCCUUUGCUGUGAUAUACAUUGGAGUUGAAGUCACUUUUGGAGGUUGGAGUGUAACGUUUGUCAUUCAUGAACGUGGAGGGGGACCAAGCUCUGGUUAUAUCUCGUCCGGAUUUUUUGGUGGUCUAACGCUGGGCAGAGUUGGUUUGAUGUGGCUCAACAAAAUGGUCGGAGAGCAUCGUGUGAUUAUUCUAUACUCUUUAAUUGCUAUUGGCCUCGACCUGACAGUUUGGCUCGUCCCAUCGAUCUACGAAAACGCUGUGGCAGUUUCUCUCAUUGGUCUCGUUCUCGGCCCCAUGUUUCCCGUAUUCGUGUCGCAUAUGACCCAUAUUCUUCCCCCCCAUCUCCUCACGGCAUGCAUAGGGAUCAUCACGGGUAUCGGUGUCGCAGGAUCCGCCGCGUUACCUUUCAUCACAGGUGUUCUGGCUUCAAAGUUUGGAAUUGGUGCUUUGCAACCCCUGAUGAUAUCUAUGAUGGUAGUUAUGGUUCUUCUAUGGAUAUGUGUGCCCACCAGCGUUCGGCGGAUGGAAUCGGUGUGA